AUGAGCGCAGAUAACGAAAACGUGCUCAUCGGCGUCAUCGGUGGAAGUGGCCUGUACCACCUUGACAAUUUGACGCUUCUGAACUAUGUGAACCCAAAGACGCCAUGGGGCCUCCCCAGCUCCCCCAUCGCCAUCUGCGCCCUUCCUUCCGGGACGAAGGUCGCCUUCCUCGCUCGCCACGGCGUCGGCCACUCCAUCCCACCCUCUGCCGUACCCUCCCGGGCGAAUAUCGCUGCGCUGAAGUCGCUCGGCAUCCGUGCCAUCCUCGCGUUCUCCGCCGUCGGCUCCCUCCGCGAGGAGCUCGCCCCGGGCGACUUCGUCAUGCCCGACCAGAUCAUCGACCGCACCAAGGGCGUCCGCCCUGCGAGCUUCUUUGAGGGCACGACAGUUGUCGCACACGCCGCGUUCGGCGACCCUUUCGCGAGAAAGCUUAUCGGAUGGCUUGAGGGGCGCGUGCGCAAAGUUCUUGAAGAGGCAAGCGAGGAAGAAUAUUCCACGCGCGGGAAGAAGCCUCAGCUGCAUACGGGAAAGACGAUCGUGUGCAUGGAGGGGCCACAGUUCUCAACGCGGGCGGAGAGCAGGAUGUACCGCCAGUGGGGCGGGGAUAUCAUCAACAUGAGCGUCCUCCCUGAGGCGAAGCUCGCGAGAGAGGCCGAGCUUGGGUAUGCUCUGAUCGCGACCGUCACGGACUACGACUCGUGGCGCGAGAACGAGUCGGCCGUCACCGCUGCCGAGGUUAUCAAGACCCUGCACGCCAAUGCAAAACUCUCGCGGCACAUCGCUGCGACGGUCCUCGAGGAGCUUCACGAGGCAGCCGCUCAGGGCGACAUCCUUACCGAGGAAGUUGGCGCGAUGCAGUUCUCCAUCAUGCCGCGCUCGGAGCAGCAGAAGCCGGAAGACAGGCAGAAGCUAAGCUAUAUCCUUCCUGCGUACUUCAGCUGA